AACUCUACUGCCUGGAGCAUGGUAUACAGCCCGAUGGGCAAAUGCCCAGCGACAAGAGCGUUGGAGGGGGAGAUGACUCCUUUAACACCUUCUUCAGUGAGACCGGUUCAGGGAAACAUGUUCCCAGAGCCAUCUUUGUGGACCUGGAGCCAACAGUCAUUGAUGAGGUUCGUACAGGAACCUAUCGGCAGCUCUUCCACCCAGAGCAGCUCAUCACUGGAAAGGAAGAUGCUGCAAACAACUACGCCCGUGGUCACUACACAAUCGGGAAGGAGAUCAUUAACUUGGUUUUGGACCGAACCCGCAAGCUGGCUGACCAGUGCACAGGUCUCCAGGGUUUCCUCAUCUUCCACUCCUUCGGAGGGGGGACUGGUUCUGGCUUCACCUCUCUGCUGAUGGAGCGUCUGUCUGUUGACUACGGCAAGAAGUCAAAGCUGGAGUUUGCAGUUUAUCCAGCUCCUCAGGUGUCCACGGCUGUGGUGGAACCUUACAACUCCAUCCUCACCACCCACACCACCCUGGAGCACUCAGACUGUGCCUUCAUGGUGGACAAUGAGGCCAUCUAUGACAUCUGCCGCAGGAACCUGGACAUCGAGCGUCCUACCUACACCAACCUGAACAGGCUGAUUGGACAAAUCGUGUCCUCCAUCACUGCCUCCCUGCGCUUUGAUGGGGCCUUGAACGUGGACCUGACAGAGUUCCAGACCAACCUGGUGCCCUACCCUCGUAUCCACUUCCCUCUGGCUACCUAUGCCCCCGUUAUCUCAGCAGAGAAGGCCUAUCACGAGCAACUGUCAGUGGUUGACAUCACCAGUGCCUGCUUUGAGCCAGCCAAUCAGAUGGUGAAAUGCGACCCACGUCAUGGUAAAUACAUGGCCUGCUGCCUCUUGUACAGAGGAGAUGUUGUCCCCAAGGAUGUCAAUUCGGCCAUCGCCACAAUCAAGACUAAACAAAGCAUCCAGUUUGUGGAUUGGUGUCCCACUGGCUUCAAGGUGGGCAUCAACUACCAGCCCCCUACUGUGGUUCCUGGAGGAGACCUGGCAAAGGUGCAGAGAGCUGUGUGCAUGCUUAGCAACACAACUGCCAUCGCUGAGGCCUGGGCUCGACUGGACCACAAGUUCGAUUUGAUGUACGCCAAGAGGGCCUUCAUCCACUGGUACGUGGGAGAGGGGAUGGAGGAAGGGGAGUUCUCUGAGGCCAGGGAGGAUAUGGCUGCCCUGAAGAAGGACUACGAGGAAGUGGGCACUGACAGCGUUGGGGAGGAAGAUGAGGGAGAGGAGUACUAAAGUCUUAAGUUGUUU